GGGUAAUCGUGGGAUAAGCCCACCUGCUAUCUGGGCACACUAAUUACCACCUGGGGCCUAUAUAAACAGUGCCACGUCCCCAUUCCAGUCACUUGUGCUCAGGCGUUGGACCGAGCAACAUCAAAGGGGCCUCGGAAUCAACAAUCAACCGCCGGAUAAAUAUAUUUAGCGGUCAAAGCGGAGUCUACAACAAAGGAAGGGACACUCACCGACGAAAAUGUUCUGCCACCCUUAUAUCGGCAGAACUCAAUUGGUUAAUACGGCUGAAAUUUUUGGUCACAUAAUCCUAAGGAGCUCCAUACAAACCGCCGGUCAAAUGAGAAUCUUUGGACGAACGCACAAUAGACUUAACAAUACAAAGACUUGCGAAUGGGCUUCCCCCACCAGGGAACCGCACCACAUGGAAUUUGGAGAGGUAUGUUGCUGGACUGGCCAACCUCGUGACACGAGGUUUCCCUCGCGAGGGAAAUUGGCCACUAUCGAAGGCACCCCGACAUGGAACGGACUCACCGGAGAUCUGGAGUCCGAGAGUGUGGACUGGGUCGUCAAUGAAAUUAAUAUAUUUUCCAAAGAGGUUGUGGGUUUCCUCCGAAAAGAAAUUUUGGUUCCUCAAAAAUUUUCGGAGUUUUCAAAUAUGUGUACUCCUUGCAAAAAAAAAUUCAGCAGCGUGUCUCUUCCAAAUAAAUAUUAUAUUACAGCCGGAUGUGUUGGCGUGGUACACCCCCAGACUGCGACCCUGCAGAUCCUUUAG